AUGGAGGAUUGGCGCACUCUGGCUUCCUACAACAUACAAAAGGAGUCUACUCUGGAACUUGAUCUCUUCCAAUUUGACGGUAUGAAUUUAAAAGCAUUGGAUAAGAAAUACGUGUACAAAAAAAUAUGCAGGAGAUGCUACGCGCGUAAUUCCAUGAACGCUACUUUCUGCAGGAAGAAAAGGUGCCACAGUCAUGACCUCCGACUGAAGAGGUUACGAACUGAUACUAUG